AUGACACAAUUGGUAACAUCUUCUCCCAUCCAACCGCUCUCUCGAGCUUCUACAAGGUACUACACCACACAUACGCAUGCGACGUCCAAGUACCUUCUGCCUGCCGACGAGGAGGAGCAUCAUCGCCUAGGGAGGCAGAACGACCUGUUGAGGGCGCUGUUCGACGAUGAACUCUUACCUUCUGAUGUGCAUCUGAGAGAGGGUGAUAAGGUACUCGACUCGGGAUGCGGACCAGGUUUCUGGGCGCUUGACCUGGCAGCUGCGGUCCCCAUCAACGUCGAGAUCCACGGCUUCGACAUCGAGCAACGCAUGCUCCCCUCCCAACACCCUGCAAACACGAUCUUUACCGUCCACAACAUGCUCGACCUCUCUCAAUCCUGGUCUCAUACCUUUGCGGUCGCCCACCAGCGCCUGACGCUUUCUGCACUCGACUGGCCCGGGUGGCAGACGACGCUCAGGAACCUUUUCCGGGUGCUGAAGCCCGGAGGACAUCUUAUCAUUGUUGAUCAGGCACGGGCGAGCUGGCACCUCCCGGACGACGCACCGGUGGAGACGAACAUCUCAUACACGCAUCGACUGGAAGUGCUCGUGGAGCGGCUGUUCGUGGCCAAGAACCUGCUGAUAAACUGCGGAGAAAGGCUGCCGUUCUUGAUCAAGGAAGCUGGGUUUGAGGACGUGGAGGUCGAGAGGAGGAGGGCGAGAUUUGGCCCUGAGGAAGGGGAGGGAUGGAGGGAGAAUGCGCUCGGUGUAGCGAGGGGAUUGAAGGGGCCCAUCCUCAAGGCUGGUGGCUUCGGGCUGAUGCACAGCGAGCAGGAGUGGGAUAACCUUAUGGCACAUGUCGACGAGGAGUGGAAGGUGCACGCAUUCGAGUGCGACUUCGUGAGGAUCACAGCACGCAAACCAGAGCAAGUUGGAUUUGAUUUCGACAUGAAGCCAAAGAGGGUGAACGAGGGCUUCCCUUAGACUGCUGUGAAGAGUUGUGAUACCAUCGUUGGGCAGUGCAGCAAAGAAGAAGAUGUACUAAUAGAUUAUCAAGUAUCC